GCGAGAAACAGCUUAAGACAGUGUGAGAGCUGAGGGCUGUAGUGAGUAUGCUGUGAGAGAAGACAGAGACAGAACAAGAGAGACAGAGUACAGAAGAUUCUAAGUAUCCACCACCAUCAAGUAGAGAUGACGUCACUGUUGUGGAACCUUGCUGUGCUUCUCCUUUUCCUGGGAGCCUCGCCUCUCCUCCACUCCCACCUCACUACUCAUGCCGCCUCUACUUCCCCUCCUGACACUCACCGGCAGAUCAAAUACGCUGCUAUGGGCUCAGACGAUGACUAUGAUGAUGAUGAUGAUGAUGACUUCUUUCACACACGCAUGCCCUCUACUGAGGUGGUGAACUCCGUGAAGAAAACUGUCCUUCUUCAGGCACCCCAGCUCUGCCAAUUCAACCCCUGCUCAGAGAAUCAAGAGCCCUGCGAGCAGAUUUCAGAAAGGACUAGGUGCCUCUGUCCCGGGGUCAGCAGGGCCGAUGAACCUCCUCAUGCACCACGUAUUCAAGGGCUGCUGCCAGUCAGUGAAGGGCGUGACAGAGGGAAGAUAGAGGUCCAGUGGUGUGCUCCAUCUUCUGUGGUGACCGCGUACAGAGUGGUGAUAGACGGACAUGAACCCCUGCAGUUUAUGGACGUUUCACGACGAGGUUUGCUCGAAUCUUUGGAAGCUGGGACCAAGGUGUGUGUGGCGGCGGUGAACAAUGCAGGACAGAGCCCCCCAUCAGAAUUCUCCUGUAAACGCUAUGACCCUCCUGAAUCUUCUGACCAUAAACUGCUGGCUGGGAUUAUCGGAGGAGGAGUCGCCCUCCUUCUGCUCCUCAUCAUCGGAGCUGUGAUCAUCUGGAUGCAUCAAAUGCGUAAAAAGGCAAAAAGAGACUCUGCUGAUGGACUUGGGAACCCUUCUUACAGCACAGAGGGGACUCUGUGAUCCACAUCAGCACAGACAAUCCAUCCCACUUACACUGAACAGGCCCCUGGACACAGGGGGCACAGCAACGGUGUAAUCAUGACCAAGAGGCAAACAGUUCUGGGGUGGCAUUGUCAUUGAUUACAGAACUAAGAACUUGUUUACACUCCUGUUUAAAGGAAUAUGUAAACAUACUUGGGGAUAGAGGAUUGGUGUUCACUGAAUAACACUAACAAAUGAGUCAUUCUGUGAUUUUGUGGUAGAACUACAGGUUUAUUUGCUGGCAAAUUUAACCUUUUUAGGUCUGUUGUAGUAUUUUUUAAUCUUAUCAUGUCCGAAUUUCAUUGUAAAUAUUAAUUUCUAGGAUAUAGGUACUGACUUUUGUAAUAAACUAAAAUAUAUUUUUAAUAAAAACAUUUGUAAAAUGG